AGGAAGCGGAAGUGUGUGCGGGUUUGUUUACAUUGUGUGUGUGGGACUGCGUGGGGUUGUUGAGCUGCAGCAGCAGAGAAACUUGCUAAAUAAGUCAAGUGCUGACUGAAUAACAAAGAGAGGCUCCCAGUAUUAUUCAUAAUAAAAGCGUGAAUACAGAAAGGAUAUCAGUCUCAAGCUAACAGUCAGUGAAGAUGGACGUCAGCGUCUCCGUGUCGUUCUUUCAAGACGAGCUCGCCUCUACCAUCGAGCACGCAGUGAAAGCGGCUGUAGACACCGUCUUGUGCCAAAUCACAAAAGUUGUCGGCGGCAAAUUCACUGAAUUCCAAAUGGAAAUGGCUGGAAAGGAGAAAGAGAAUGAAAGUCUGAAGCUGAGAUUGGAAAUAUCAGAGAGCGAGUUGAAAGCGGUGCGUCUGUGUGUCAGCGCUGCGGAUGCAAACAUCAGACAAGGCCUCGGAAACAUGAACACGGACUGUAAGGAACAAAACCAUCCGAGGAUUGAGAGCCAGAGGUUAUUCACCAGAGUUAAAGAUUCUGGAGAGAGUCCUGCUUUCAGUGAAGCAGGGGAGGGGCCAGUGAUAGAAGCUGUUUACACAAAAGAGGAAAUCUGUGAUCAGGAGUGGUGUGGAAGAAUAAUGGAGAUUACAGAGCUGACAAGUGCUGAAAGUAAAGACGUCCCUGAACUUGAACCUGUCCACAUUAAAGAGGGGGCCGCAGAGCUGGAGUGUGAUCACAUCACAGAGGAAGUUAGUAAAGAAAAUAAAGUCAAUACGCUGGAGGAGAAUAUAGUUAAGAUGGAAUCUAGCCAUUGUGAAGAUUAUCCUCCUGAACAGAUCUGCAUGAAGCCCAAUCAGCCUGUCUCUGAAGACACUGGUUCUAGUGUUGGAGAAGAGGGCACUGUGCUGUGGUCCAUUCAGAGGAAACAUCACCCCCCUCAGGAAAGAGCUGCAGAUGGAAAGGAGGAAGGAGCGAUGCCGUCCACGAGCAGCACAGCCUCAGAUCUAGGAAGACGCACCUCCACUCCAGCACCCCAGAGCAAAAUCUCUUCUGAUGGGAAACUGCACCGUAAGCAGAAACACAGAGAGUCGACACCCCAAGAUGAAUAUGUGAAGAAACUGAGAACUCGCUCGGUUCAGAAUCUUUCUGCACGACAUAGCCGACCACUUCCUGUGGGAUAUACAGCGACUCCACAUCCCGACAGUUCUGCAACCCAGGGCAACUUCAUUUCCCUACAAACUCCACAGCAGAUUCCUUCAGAGCAGAUCUUAUAUCACUGUUCUGAAUGUGGCACCAAUUUCAGUGACCGGGGAAAGCUGAAAAUACACCAGCGUAUUCACACAGGGAAGAAACCCAAUCACUGUACAGAGUGUGGGAAGACAUUCAGAUUUGCAACUGGAUUAAAACUACACCAACGUAUUCACACAGGAGAUAAAUCAUAUGUGUGUCCUGACUGUGGGAGGAGUUUUAAUCAGAAAUCUAACCUUCAAGCACACCAGCGGAUUCACACAGGAGAGAAACCAUAUGUGUGUCCAGUAUGUGGGAGGGGUUUCAAUCGGAAAGACAGCCUGAGAAUACACCACAAUACCCACACGCGAGACAAACCAUUUCACUGUGCUGAUUGUGGGAAAGGUUUUAAUCGUAAAGAUAGACUUCAAGCACACCAGCGGAUUCACACAGGAGAGAAACCAUAUGUGUGUCCUUUAUGUGGGAGGAGUUUCAAUUGGAAAGACAGCCUGAGAAUACACCACAAUACCCACACGCGAGACAAACCGUUUUACUGUGCUGAUUGUGGGAAAGGUUUUAAUCGUAAAGAUAGACUUCAAGCACACCAGCGAAUUCACACGGCGUUGAAAAUGUUUAACUGUGCUGAUUGUGGGAAGAGUUUUAAUCAGAAAUGUAACCUUGAAAAACACCAGCUAACUCACACAGGAUUGAAACCGUAUGUGAGUCCAGUAUGUGGGAAGAGUUUCAGUCGAAGACACAGCCUCAGAACACACCACAUAAUCCACACGGGAGAGAAACCUUUUGAUUAUAGUGACUGUGGGAAGAGAUUUGUAGAGUCAAAAAAACUAAAGAAACACAGGCUAGUUCACAGAGCUGUAGUGAGGUAGGACACUUACAAAAAAAAAAAAAAAAAAUUCAGUUUUCUCAAUGAAAGCAUCUCAAUCACACCAGAAUACCAAAGCAGACCCUGCGUCUCUCUCGUCAGUUUCAGAUGCAGGGAACUGUGAAAAUAAACAAAUUCAACUCAAAAAAUCCUAAGCCUGCUGUGUAUGCAAAUGAUUGUAGCCCUGUUUCCUACAGCAGUGCUUCUGAAACUGGGGAGGCACAGGAUGUAUCCGGGGGGGGGGGGGGGGAGCUCAGGCAAACAUGUGUAGAAAUGACCGCGCACAUAUUAAUCUGUAUAUAUAUUAAAACAAAUGCUACUGCUGACACCUCCUGCCACACGAAGUACCGCAGACGAGAGGAAGGGUCACAGGGUGUCAGCUUCAACAACAUUACUGGGGAGUGGCUUCCAGACCCUCACAAUUCUCUGUGUAAAAAAAGUGCCUCCUAUUUUAUUCUCAAUUUAAGGGUCCAUAUUUCCAAUGACAGAUGUUAGAACAUUAGUAGCUACACCACAACCCUGCAGUUUUGCAAUUACAGACGCACACAUUUUUUGGGCGAGAUAGGGCAGCAGUGUGGAGUAGUGGUUAGGGCUCUGGACUCUUGACCGGAGGGUCGUAGGUUCAAUCCCAGGUGGGGGACGCUGCUGCUGUACCCUUGAGCAAGGUACUUUACCUAGAUUUCUCCAGUAAAAACCCAACUGUAUCAAUGGGUAAUUGUAUGUAAAAAUAACGUGAUAUCUUGUAACAAUUGUAAGUUGCCCUGGAUAAGGGCGUCGGCUAAGAAAUAAAUAAUAAUAAUAAUCUUUGUCACAUAGCAGCUUUGUGAAGUUCCCGGUGAUUCUAAAGAAAAAUCAUUCAAGCCACUUUGCUGGUCAGAGAUACUUCCAUCUCUCAUUGGAAAUAUGGAGGAACUUGUGCAUGAAUUGCAUUCAGAUAUAAAAGAUGAUGUAAUGGGCUUCGUAUCUUCUCACCACACCAUUAGAUCUAAGAUGGAGAAAAGCCUCGACAGCUUUGAAAAUCCAUUUACAAACUUUAAUACUGAAGCUAAAUGGAAAAAAACAUUUCAGUGAAUAAUGGGGUGUAUUUGUAUUUUGAUUUUAAGUUCUAUAGUUUUGGAAUUGAAAUAAGUAUCGUGGCACUUUGAGGGCUGGUUAUGCAAUGGGAAUUUCUAUAAAUAUGGAGAUAUAAAGGAAGAUGUAAAUAUCACUCCUUCCACAGAAGGUGCAGGUUUGUCACUGCUUCCAUUGAAUUGAGGAGAUUUAGAAAUCGCAACCAAAAGUGUGUUCACAAAGAACGUCCAAAAUAUGAGAUCGAAAGGCAACCAAACCACUCACCGUGGACACAAACUUUUUGCUGUGAUGUCAAAAUCUCCCGAGUUAAAGUGAAACAGUAACACAAUGUCAUGUUCUGGAGUUAAAUGCAUUUGUGUGAAUUACAAGUUGGGCUACAGAAAUAGUACAAAAUAACCCAGGAUGGCAGUGAGGACAUUUUGAUUUGUAAAAUGAUAUUCAAGUGUACUUUUUUUUCUUCCUUUACCAGCAGUUAUUCUUGUGGAUGAACACUGUUGUCUAAAAGUAACUGACAUCCAAAAAUUAUAAACUGUACUUGGUGUCCAAAAGAUGUAUUUUGUGAAAUAAAUGCUUUGAUUUAAUA